CCAAAACCAAUAGCAGAGCAGAGUUUCAGAGGGGGUUGUCAAGACGAUGUAGGUUGUGGGUCUCGAGUGCCCCUGUUUAGAGGGUUUAGUCAAGGCGGAGCCGGGAGGUGGGUUGUCUCUUGUGGUGCUGAAGGGUCAGCGAGAGGAAACAGGGAGAAUAAUUUGUGUGGGGCUGGAGGAGAGCAGUAAAAGAAGUCUGAGAAGGACGAAAAGCGACGCGUGAUAGUUCUACAGUCAUAGCGGAUUAUUGGAAGCCUUUCACGCCCCCAGGUUUUGUUUCCUAGCAGUGCUUCCCUCAAUUCAGGAUGGCACAGAGAGCCAGUCAGGAAGAUCCAGAAAGGUACCUUUUUGUGGAUAGGGCAGUUGUUUAUAACCCUGCUACCCAGGCAGAUUGGACUGCUAAGAAGCUUGUUUGGGUUCCAUCUGAGCGCCAUGGCUUUGAGGCAGCUUGCAUUAAGGAAGAGCGUGGCGAUGAAGUAUUAGUUGAGUUGGCAGAGAAUGGCAAGAAGGCAUUGGUUAACAAAGAUGACAUUCAGAAAAUGAAUCCACCCAAAUUCUCCAAAGUAGAAGAUAUGGCGGAGUUAACCUGCUUGAAUGAAGCUUCUGUGUUGCAUAAUUUGAAAGAUCGAUAUUAUUCUGGACUUAUAUAUUUUCAGCUUAGUGAACAUAGUUCUACAUUAUUGAACUUGGACUGUUUGACUAACAAUUCAAUGGUCAGUCUAGAGGUAGCCUACAAAAUGUCUAGGAGACAUAGUUUUAUCUUUUUUGAAGGGCUGAAUAAAGUUGUGCUGCUCUUGACUAAACGUGCAGAAUUUCGCCCUGUUAAUCUGUAUAAAGUAUGCAGCUGUGAUAUGGAUGAAACCCAGCAGCAGUGCAGAACUGUGGAUGACUGUGUUAAGCUUCUUGUGAAAAACACAGUGGAGGAUGCUUCCUGCUCGGAGGGACAGCUUUCAGUGAAGAAAGCCAAGAAGCCUAGGCUGAAACUUUCUGCUGUUCAGCCUCCACCAGACUUCUGUCCUGAGGGGGAACUAGAACGUCAGCUGCUGCAAGCAAACCCUAUCUUGGAGUCAUUUGGUAAUGCCAAGACAGUGAAAAAUGACAACUCUUCCCGUUUUGGCAAGUUCAUCAGAAUCAAUUUUGAUGUUGCUGGUUACAUAGUUGGGGCCAACAUAGAGACAUAUCUUCUUGAGAAGUCUCGAGCUAUUCGUCAAGCCAAAGAUGAACGAACCUUCCAUGUUUUCUACCAGCUACUUGCAGGGGCUGGUGAACAUCUUAAGUCUGACUUGCUGCUUGAAGGAUUCAGUAACUAUCGUUUCCUUUCCAAUGGAUAUAUACCCAUACCAGGUCAACAGGACAAAGAUAACUUUCAGGAAACCAUGGAAGCAAUGCACAUCAUGGGCUUCAGUCAUGAUGAGAUUCUGUCUAUGCUCAGGGUGGUAUCUGCAGUACUGCAGUUUGGCAAUGUCAUCUUCAAAAAGGAACGAAAUACUGACCAGGCUUCUAUGCCAGAAAACACAGCUGCUCAGAAGUUGUGUCACCUCCUUGGGAUGAAUGUAAUGGAGUUUACACGUGCCAUUCUUACACCUCGAAUUAAAGUUGGUAGAGACUAUGUCCAGAAGGCACAAACUAAAGAGCAGGCUGACUUUGCAGUGGAAGCUUUGGCAAAAGCAACAUAUGAACGUCUGUUCCGUUGGCUGGUUCACCGCAUUAAUAAAGCUUUGGAUAGGACCAAGCGUCAGGGAGCAUCCUUUAUUGGCAUCCUGGAUAUUGCUGGAUUUGAGAUCUUUGAGCUCAACUCAUUUGAACAACUGUGCAUUAACUACACCAAUGAAAAACUGCAGCAGCUUUUUAACCACACCAUGUUCAUUUUAGAGCAGGAAGAGUAUCAGCGGGAGGGCAUUGAAUGGAACUUCAUCGACUUUGGCUUGGACUUGCAGCCUUGCAUUGACCUGAUUGAGAGACCUGCAAAUCCUCCUGGUGUAUUGGCCUUGCUAGAUGAAGAAUGCUGGUUCCCGAAGGCUACAGAUAAAACCUUUGUGGAUAAAUUAGCCCAGGAGCAAGGGACUCACUCCAAAUUCCAGAAACCCAGGCAGCUGAAAGACAAGGCAGAUUUUUGUAUAAUUCACUAUGCUGGAAGGGUGGAUUACAAAGCAGAUGAGUGGCUCAUGAAGAACAUGGAUCCCCUGAAUGAUAACGUGGCUACUUUGCUUCACCAGUCAUUGGACAAGUUUGUGGCAGAACUCUGGAAGGAUGUGGAUCGUAUUGUAGGACUGGAUCAGGUGGCUGGAAUGAACGAGACUGCAUUUGGAGCAGCUUACAAGACCAAGAAGGGUAUGUUCCGCACUGUGGGGCAGCUGUACAAGGAGUCGCUUACCAAGCUUAUGGCAACUCUUCGUAACACAAACCCAAAUUUUGUACGCUGCAUAAUUCCAAAUCAUGAAAAAAGGGCAGGAAAGCUUGAUCCUCAUCUAGUGCUUGAUCAGCUUCGUUGUAAUGGUGUUCUUGAAGGAAUAAGAAUAUGCCGUCAAGGUUUCCCAAACCGGAUAGUCUUCCAGGAGUUCCGGCAAAGGUAUGAGAUUCUGACUCCAAAUGCUAUACCUAAAGGAUUUAUGGAUGGCAAGCAGGCAUGUGAAAGAAUGAUUCGAGCUCUGGAAUUAGACCCAAACCUGUAUAGAAUUGGACAGAGUAAAAUUUUUUUCCGUGCUGGUGUGCUUGCACACCUUGAAGAGGAACGAGACUUGAAGAUCACCGAUAUCAUAAUCAUGUUCCAAGCUGUGUGCAGAGGAUACUUGGCUAGAAAAGCAUUUGCUAAGAAACAACAGCAACUGAGUGCCUUGAAAGUCUUGCAAAGAAAUUGUGCUGCUUAUCUUAAGCUAAGGCACUGGCAGUGGUGGAGACUAUUCACAAAGGUGAAACCCUUGUUGCAGGUGACACGUCAGGAGGAAGAGCUACUGGCCAAAGAGGAAGAACUUGUGAAAGUGAAGGAGAAGCAGACAAAAGUGGAGGCAGAGCUCGUGGAGAUGGAGCGAAAGCACCAGCAGAUCAUAGAAGAAAAGAAUAUUCUGGCUGAACAACUGCAAGCAGAGACGGAACUUUUCAUUGAGGCAGAAGAGAUGCGGGCUCGUCUUGCCACCAAGAAGCAAGAGCUAGAAGAGAUUCUACAUGACCUAGAAGCCAGGGUAGAGGAGGAAGAAGAAAGGAACCAAGCACUACUGAAUGAAAAGAAAAAGAUGCAAACUCAUGUGCAGGAUCUAGAAGAGCAACUUGAUGAGGAAGAAGCAGCAAGGCAGAAACUCCAGCUGGAGAAAGUUACAGCAGAAGCAAAGAUAAAAAAGAUGGAGGAAGACAUUUUGCUACUAGAGGACCAGAAUUCUAAGUUUUUAAAGGAGAAAAAGCUAACUGAAGACAGGAUUGCAGAGUUUACUUCUCAGCUGGCUGAGGAGGAGGAGAAAGCCAAGAAUUUGGCAAAACUGAAGAAUAAGCAGGAAAUGAUGAUCACAGAUUUGGAAGAACGUUUGAAGAAAGAGGAGAAAACUCGUCAAGAACUGGAGAAAGCCAAACGAAAACUAGAUGGGGAGACUACAGAUUAUCAGGAUCAAAUAGCAGAGCUGCAAGCCCAAAUAGAAGAGCUAAAAAUUCAGUUGGCUAAAAAAGAGGAGGAACUUCAAGCUGCACUGGCCAGGGGAGAUGACGAAGCUAUCCAGAAAAAUAACGCUCUUAAACAGGUGAGGGAACUGCAGGCCCAGAUUGCUGAACUACAGGAGGAUCUGGAAUCUGAAAAAGCAGCACGAAACAAAGCAGAGAAGCAGAAAAGGGAUUUGAGUGAAGAACUGGAAGCACUAAAGACUGAGCUUGAGGAUACCUUAGAUACCACUGCUGCGCAACAAGAGCUACGGACUAAACGAGAACAGGAAGUGGCUGAGUUGAAAAAAACAAUAGAAGAGGAGACGAGGAACCAUGAAGCUCAGAUUCAGGAGAUAAGGCAGAGACAUGGCACAGUCCUGGAAGAGCUGUCAGAACAACUUGAACAAGCCAAAAGAUUGAAAGUGAACCUGGAGAAGAACAAGCAAAGCUUAGAGAGUGACAACAAGGAACUAAUGAAUGAGGUGAAAACUCUUCAGCAGACCAAAGCAGAAUCUGAGCACAAGAGGAAGAAGCUGGAAGCCCAGGUUCAGGAAUGUCAAGCCAGAGUUGCAGAGGGUGAUAAAGUGCGAGUGGAGUUGGCUGAAAAGUCUCACAAACUUCAGAAUGAGUUAGAAAAUGUGUCCAGCUUGCUUGAAGAGGCUGAAAAGAAAGGCAUCAAGUUUGCAAAGGAUGCAGCAACUUUGGAGAGUCAGCUUCAAGAUACCCAGGAGUUACUCCAGGAAGAGACCCGUCAAAAACUCAACCUAAGUAGCAGAAUUAGACAGCUUGAAGAAGAGAAAAACAAUCUCCAGGAACAACAGGAAGAGGAGGAAGAAGCAAGAAAAAACCUGGAAAAGCAAGUUAUGUCUCUCCAGUCUCAGUUAGUGGAGUCAAAGAAAAAAGUUGAUGACGAUGCCGGAACUAUUGAGGGACUUGAAGAAACUAAAAAAAAGCUACAGAAGGACAUGGAAGGACUGAGUCAACGAUUAGAAGAGAAGGCCAUGGCAUAUGACAAACUGGAGAAGACGAAAAACCGCCUGCAGCAAGAAUUAGAUGAUCUUUUGGUGGAUCUCGAUCACCAACGACAGAUAGUCUCAAAUCUGGAGAAAAAACAGAAGAAAUUUGAUCAGAUGCUGGCAGAAGAGAAGAACAUUUCUGCUCGAUAUGCAGAGGAGAGGGAUCGUGCUGAAGCUGAGGCCAGAGAGAAGGAGACCAAGGCACUAUCUCUGGCCCGAGCCUUAGAAGAAGCAUUAGAGGCCAAAGAAGAGUUUGAGAGGUUGAAUAAACAGUUGCGUACUGAGAUGGAAGACUUAAUGAGUUCAAAGGAUGAUGUUGGAAAGAGUGUUCAUGAACUGGAAAAGUCAAAGCGCACUUUAGAACAACAAGUUGAAGAGAUGAGGACCCAGUUAGAGGAACUAGAGGAUGAGCUGCAAGCCACUGAAGAUGCCAAACUCCGCUUGGAAGUGAAUAUGCAAGCCAUGAAGGCCCAGUACGACAGAGACCUGCAGGCCAGGGAUGAGCAAAAUGAAGAAAAGAGAAGGGCGUUGGUCAAACAGGUACGGGAAAUGGAGUCAGAACUAGAUGAUGAACGGAAACAGAGGGCCUUGGCUGUAGCGGUGAAGAAAAAAUUGGAGAUGGAUAUGAAAGACCUAGAGGCACAGAUUGAGGCUGCAAAUAAGGGUAGAGAUGAGGCCAUAAAACAACUGCGUAAACUUCAGGCACAGAUGAAGGACUAUCAGCGAGAGUUGGAAGAAGCCCGUGCAUCUCGAGAUGAGAUUUUUGCACAGUCCAAGGAGAAUGAGAAGAAACUGAAGGGCUUAGAAGCUGAGGUUCUGCAACUUCAGGAGGAGCUGGCAGCUUCAGAAAGAGCACGUCGCCAUGCUGAACAAGAAAGAGAUGAACUAGCAGAUGAAAUUGCCAACAGUGCUUCUGGGAAAUCUGCCUUACUGGAUGAGAAACGUCGUUUCGAAGCACGUAUUGCACAGCUGGAGGAAGAACUUGAGGAAGAACAAAGCAAUAUGGAGCUGCUUAAUGAUAGAUUCCGUAAGACCACUAUGCAGGUUGACUCACUGAAUACAGAGCUUUCAAGUGAGCGCAGUGCUGCACAGAAGAGUGAAAAUGCUCGACAACAGCUAGAGAGACAGAAUAAGGAGCUGAAAGCCAAAUUGCAAGAGCUUGAAGGGUCUGUGAAAUCUAAAUUCAAGGCAACAAUUUCUGCACUAGAGGCCAAGAUCAUUCAGCUGGAAGAGCAGCUGGAGCAGGAAACAAAAGAAAGGGGAGCAGCCAAUAAGUUGGUACGUCGGACAGAGAAAAAACUGAAGGAGAUAUUUAUGCAGGUGGAGGAUGAACGUAGACAUGCCGAUCAAUAUAAGGAGCAGGUUGAGAAGGCAAACACCAAAAUGAAACAGUUGAAACGUCAGUUGGAAGAGGCUGAAGAUGAGGCAACCCGUGCUAAUGCUUCUCGACGCAAGCUUCAACGCGAGUUGGAUGAUGCCUCUGAAGCAAAUGAAGGCCUUUGCCGUGAAGUUAACACACUCAAAAACAGAUUAAGGAGAGGUGGUCCUGUACCUUUCACAACCGCUCGUGCUGGUCGGCGCCAGCUCCAGAUUGAAGGUGCUUCUUUGGAACUUUCAGAUGAUGAUGCUGACAGCAAAGCUAGUGAUCUCAAUGAAACACAGACUAGCCCAGCAGAAUAGAAGUCCAGAGAGAGAAUAUAUCACAUUUUGUCCCCAGGAAAUGGGGUACUGGAGGACCCAGCUAAUUGCCAAAAACUGCUUUGAGGUCUCUGAUCUGCCCUAAUGAAUAUGGCAAGCUGUGAGGUUAUUCGCAUCAUUGGCUGAUUGCAUUUUAAUGCUCUCUAGCCUCAGCAUACUGUACCCUGCUUGAAAUAUAGGUACAAAUGCUUUUUAUAUAUAAUAUAUAUAUGUAUGUAUGUGUAAAGGAAGCAAGGACAUCACAAACAUGUUCAGUACUUGUAUUUUUCAGCUAUUCAUUGUAAAGCCAUUUAAUGCAGAGCAUCAAGUCAUAGAUUCACCUUCCCUGGGCAGAAGAACGUUCCAGAAAGCAUUGUUUUGGGGUAGAUCCCCAUUCAUCAAUAUGCAUGCUUUUUGUUCUACGGACUAUAGACAUUUUUGCCAGGGUGGCCAACAUGUUAAAUAAGAUCUGGCUGAACAUUGUGACCAAACUGGACCUCUGGUUCUCCAAAUAGAAGGCUAUUAAACUGUGAAGAGCAUUUGCUUGAAGGUAUCUGAAAGAAUCAGUAUAAUGUAAUGGUAUUUCUGAAUAGAGUGAUGGCUGGCUGACUGGGUGCUGGGCCUAGAUCCAUUUCAAACCAAAAUGAAAAGGCCAUGCUUCAUAAACAGUCUUUGCCGUCUUAGUAGCUGGUACAUGUGAUAUAGUGUCAGUGUACUGUAUGCUUUGGAUGGGUUUUAUGUGUACCUUGGGCAGUCUUACUGCAGUCAAGGUGAAGGAAAAAUAUGUAUGCUUUCUACAUUGUUCUUGUGAAAAUGUAUUUAACUGCACAUGUUCAGAAUUUGGUUAUUUUUUUUAAAUCUCAAAAACAAAAACGGAUAUGAAGAGAUGGAUACUGCACACCAAAAGUGUUGGCACUCUUGUGACUACAAAUUGUUUUGGUUUCUUUUUAAUUUUGUCCAACUGUGAUAUAACAUAUAAUGUGGUCAUCUGUUUUUCUAGUUUGUAAUAAAUGCUGAUAUUUCAGGAAGUGCCUUAGACACAUUGUAAUACACUAAUAGUUUAAAGAUUCUCAUAUAUAAAAUGCAUUUUUUUCAUAGCACAGAUAAUGUGUUAAAUCUGAUAAGGCUUCGUAUCAAAUGUACCUCGCUAGCUGUUGGUAUUACUGAUAGGCUGCAGCUGUGAAAUCAGUGUUAAUUCUUCAGUAUUUGUAUUAUGCUUGAAAUGUUACUGUUUCUUUUGGUUAAAAGCUUUAACAUCUCAUAAAAAGUUUUUUUCUGACACUUUUUUAAUUAUACUGGCUGUUGAGCACCAGACAUAUACCUGCAGGAAUUUCCUAUCCCUUCCUCAGCCCCCAGUCCAUAUUUUUUUUGUAAAACAAUAAACUUAUUGAUUACAUAA